UUUAAAAUUAGUAUAUGUUUUUGUAUGUAAAUUUAGAUGCACUUUUGUGAUUUCAGACACGACUUGUGAUAGGGACUUUUAUUUUGGUGUGGCAAUGUGAUGUCAUAUGUCCGCGCCGCGCUCCUGUAUCUGUUGUGAACGGCUGGAGAAAGAAAAAACUCCCGGUGAAGCAACCGAGAUCCAUGUGACACUAUUAUAAAGAUGGCAUUUAUUAAAGAGGAGCGUGAAGACAUGAAGAUUGAAGAAGAAAUCCGUGUGAAACAUGAAGAUACUGAGGAACAAACAAAGAUGGCGUUUAUUAAAGAGGAGAGUGAAAACCUGAGAAUUGAAGAAGUAUUCAGUGUGAAACAAGAAGAUACUCAAGAGCAAACAGACCUGAUGCCAUUGAAAGAAGAGAUUGAAGUCCUGAAUGAUAUGGAAGAGAAAUAUCAUGAUUUCAUAACUGGAGAAAAAUUGACUGAAAAGACUUCCUCACAAAAAAUACCUGAAAAGACAGGACCUAGUAUUGAUUUCACCUGCUUUCAGUGUGGAAAGUUUUUCAGUCAACGUGGAAACCUUACAGUCCACAUGAGAAUUCACACUGGAGAGAAGCCUUUCACCUGCCAACAAUGUGGAAGGAGUUUCACUCAAAAAGGAAGCCUUAAAGCUCACAUGAGAGUUCACACUGAAGAGAGGUCUUUCACCUGCCAACAGUGUGGAAGAAGUUUUAACAACAAGGCGAACCUUACAGGCCAUAUGAGAGUUCACAUUGAAACAAGCUCUUUUACUCACCAUCAGACAAGAACUAGAAAUGAUUUUACCUGCUUGCAGUGUGGAAGGAGUUUCACUCAACGUGGAAACCUUACAGUCCACAUGAGAAUUCACACUGGAGAGAAGCCUUUCUCCUGCCAACAAUGUGGAAAGAGUUUCAAUCAACGUGGACACCUUAACGUCCAUAUGAGAAUUCACGCUGAAGAGAGCUUUUUCACCUGCCAACAGUGUGGAAAAAGUUUCAAGAAAAAAGCAAACCUUAAAGUCCACAUGAGAAGUCACACUGAAAAGAGCUCUUUUACCUGCCAACAGUGUGGAAAAAAAUUUAACAGCAAAGGACUUUUUAAUUGCCACAUGAGAGUUCACACUGGAGAAAAGCCUUUCACGUGCCCUCAAUGUGGAAUAAGCUUCAGUCAAAAAGGAAACCUUAACAAGCACAUGAGAAUUCACACUGGAGAGAAGCCUUACACCUGCAAACUGUGUGGGAAAUGUUUCAUUCAUAAAGGAAGCUUUGAAAGCCACAUGAGAAUUCACUCUGGUGAGAAGCCUUACACCUGCCAUCAAUGUGGAAAGAGUUUUACACAUAAACCAACUCUUAUUUCCCACAUGAGAACUCACACUGGAGAGAAGCCUCACACCUGCAAACUGUGUGGAAAGAGUUUCGCUGAAAAAGGAAGCCUUAGAGUCCAUAUGAGAGUUCACACUGGAGAGAGUCCUUACACCUGCCAACAGUGUGGACAGAGUUUCACUCAAAAUGGAAACCUUAAAAAACACAUGGAAAUGCACACUCGAGAGAAGCUACACUCAUGUGAACAGUGUGGAAAGAGUUUCAGAUUAACCAAUAAUUCCCAUGUGAAGAUUCAAUGCGGAAUGGGUUGUCCAGACAUGAAACAAUUUAACGGGCACAAAAUAAAUGGUAAUAAGUUUAGAAAAAGGAGCAAUUUCAAAAGUCACUUGCACAUUCACUCUGUUGAAAGGCCGUUUAAUUGUGUUAAGUGUAAUAAAAGAUUUAUUUUGCCAUCACACUUACAGAUACACAUGAAAAGUCAUACAGGUGUGAGAUGCUAUUCUUGUUCUUCCUGUGGAAAGAGAUUUAAAUGGCUUGGCCAUUUAAAAUGGCACCAGAAAAUGUGUGUAAAACUAAGGCUGCAUUCACACCGCAGCUGAGCCAAGCUGAGCCAAACAUUCCUUAAGUCACACAGCCUGUUUUAAAUUCUGAGCUAUAAAUUACUAUUAUAGUGUGAGAAUUAACUUGCAUUAGUUAAAGGAUUAGGAUCACUUUCAAAUAAAAAUUUCCUGAUAAUUUACUCACCCCCAUGU